GUAUUGUGUGUGCGGUGGUGGGGGCCAUCUGAGACGCGCACCAUCACGGGGUUCCUUUGUUCACACACGCACACAGAGUCACUGUGUGUGUGUGUUGUGCAAAUACGUCGUGUCGUUAGCAAUGAGGGUGUUACUCUUGGUGUGUGGUGUGGGAGAGAGAGGGGGGGGCUACGUCCGCUGGUCGGCUGAGUUGAAUAAUUAAGAGCGCGUCAAAAGGCGGUGGUGCGUUCGUGGUCUUGGCGGCUCGUGAAGCACUGCGACUGCCCCUGCCUUCUGGGCAUUGCGACGAACACCACCCGCAACAUCAACAGCAUCAUCAGCAGCAGCAGCAUCAUCAGCAGCAGCGGCAACAUCGUCAUCAUCGUCGCGGAUUAAUAAUCCUUCGUCGUCGUCGUCCUCCUCCUCUUCAAUUUGCGGCGGAGGCGCACGGCACGACGUCUUUUUUAUUUUCAGGGAACGCGUGAUGGCUGCGAUGUCUCAAAUUAGGUUACACUGAAGCCGUGGGAAUGUGAACACACUUUUCACAAAACGCUAUUUUCCUUUGUGCAAGCACAACCGGACACCCCAACUCUGCCGUUACAAUGCUCAGCCGUCCGAUUCUGUGUCGCAGGUUCCCAGGUUUGGUGACCGCUGGAUGCCUCGUUUGCUUUUUCUAUGUUACUUUAAUCCAGCAAUCAAAGUACAUCCAGACAGAUAUCUGGGACAACUACAAGAUUGGUACAAGACAGUUAAAGGUGUUGCACUCAUUCACAAAACAAGUGCUGGAUGAGCCCUGCAGGCCAGGGUUUGCCCGUGGUCUCAUGACACAGCUUUUCCCGGGACGCUACCACCCCGAGCUGCUGCCCUUCAUCAGCAAGAACCUCUCUGAGAUGCAGAGUGAAGAGGCCACAGGCCUGCGCUACGAUCCACCCUUUGGAUUUCGAGGGCAGCGAGACAGCCUAGAGGCAAUCUUGGGCCUGAUGCCGGAGACUGGUCUUCCCGUGGUGGGGGCGGAAAAAGGGGGGGUGCCCCCUAAAGUGUGUCGUCGCUGCGUGGUGGUCGGAAGCGGUGGAAAUCUGCGAGGGACGGGUCUGGGUCCACUCCUCGAUAACUUUGACGUCGUGAUUCGAUUAAACAAUGCACCUAUAAUAAAGUUUGAAAAUGACGUUGGAAGCAAGACAACUGUCCGGAUCACGUAUCCAGAGGGUGCACCAAAGUCGAUGGAAGAGUAUAAACCAGAUUCAAUAUUUGCUGCUGUGAUGUACAAAGGAGUGGACUUCCAGUGGCUUGAGUCCAUUAUCAAGAAAGAGCACGUGAGCCUAUGGACCAAACUUUGGUUCUGGCAGUCGGUGGCGGACGGAGUUCCCUUGGGACCAUCGCAGUUCCGCAUCCUAAACCUCGAGAUUAUUGGUGAGACCUCCAUGGAUCUACUGGGAUAUCCAAAACCCAGAAAGAGGAUCUGGGGUUGGGACAAGAACAUCCCAACGCUCGGCGUGUCAGCCGUGGUUUUCGCCACGCACUUAUGCGACGAGGUGAGCCUGGCUGGCUUCGGCUAUGACCUCAGCCGGCCGGAUGCGCCGCUGCAUUACUACGAGAACGUGCGCAUGGAUGCCAUGAAAGCACAGCCCAUGCAUAACGUGGACGGAGAGAAGCUCUUCCUAGCCGGGCUUAUAAACGCCGGUGUCAUCAGCGACCUGACGGGUGGCGUGCAGUGCACUUUCUGCCAAAAGCGAGACGGCAGUGGUGGCAGCAAUAGAACAUAGCGCUUGCUAGGCCGGACACUUGGUGUUGACGUCCGUUUGGCUAGUGCACAGGCAGGCAGAGGUUCUGGCUGCAGAGGAGUGGAACUGAGGGCCUGCUGGAUGUUAAUAUUUCAAAUAGAGUUUGUCGAAAACCAACGGUGUUCUUUCGCAGAAAGAGAACAGAAAACCAUCCUGCUUUAUUCUUCUGUAUACGUUCAUUAAGCACUUUCCAACCCUGGCAGUAUUUUAUUAAUUACUGUGUGCUGUCAGAAUAGACAGCACCUCAUAUAUUGGUCUUUUGAGCAGCAUAUCAAAUGCAUGUGUAAAUAGAAUUAGCAAAACAGUUUUACUGCUUUUCAUAUAUUUUGUAAUCGUACGAGGUGGAAAUCACAACAUGUGCUUAAAAUGUACAGAAUGCCACACUUGUGUGAUUGGGAUACAAUUGUGUAGGAUCAUUUCCAAACGACAUUGUAUUAAUACACUGGAUACACGAUACUUUAUUAAUAUACAUAAACUGAUGUAUUAAAGUAAUCAGAUGUUUAUUGAAGGAUGCCUACCUCUGCAUCCAUGUAAUUGUGAUGCAUGACGCCGUGCACAUUUUAAAAGGCCAUAAAACUAUCAGUCUGCCUUUGUGAAGCCCCAUGAAUAAUUUAUAGAAAUAUGCUAAAGGUUACAUUUACAAUGUCAACAAAGCAGAGUUUGAAAUAACCUCCAGAUUAAUCUGAUUUUGCUAUGGGUUUUUUUUUAAGUUUCAAAAUCAAGUACACAACUUAUGUGACCACAAACGCUGGGCUUCAGUUAUUUGAAGGUGACACUUGGAACACCACAAACCCAUGAGUGGAGUUACGUGUAUCUGGAUACAUUCCUGCAUGUAGUGCAUACACAUACAAACUGCAUUUAAUUCUGUAAUUGCGCACUACAUUUUUCCUGUAUCUAGUUUACAUGUUUAAAACCAGGAUUACCAAUGAUGGGCAAACUAAUAUGGCACACUUUCUGAAAUGAACACUGUUGAAAAACAUAGUGUGAGCAGAAAGGUUUAGCAAUAUAAGAAA